UAGUCAGCCAAUGCUACCAUGCUCUUGAGGUUAACGGAAUAUAACCCGUGUCUAUGAUAUAUAUUCUCUUAGGAGGAGCCAGAGCCAUCUCACCACAGUACCGAGGUAUACACGAACUACUUUCACUAUGUCUAUGCCAACCACUAGACGAGUAGUAACAGGUAUCGAUGCCAAUGGCAAGUCCACCAUCAUCGACGAUCAGGUCCUGACCCCAGCCAACCCGCUCGAUCCAGAGGGAAAUCCUCCUACCGGCGUGAUUCCAGGGUUUACCAACAUCGCCAAAACCGAUGGGAUCCCCGCCAAAGCGCAGACACCUUUUGUCGACUACCAUGGCAAAAAGAUCGGCUUAGUGGACCGGUCCGGCGUCUUCUGCCGGAUCGUCGACUUCCCAGCCGUAAGCGAUGCGCCGGACGAUGUGAAUUUCAUGCAUCUUACACACAGUUUGGACUUUGGAGUUGUCCUGAAGGGGUCAAUUAAGUUGGUCCUGGACAAUGGUGACGAGACUAUCAUGAACGAAGGCGAUGUGUGCGUGCAGAGGGCAACGAAUCACGCAUGGAUGAAUGUCAGCAAGGAGAACUGUCGUAUGUUGUUUACCUUGGUGCCGGCUGAGCCUCCCAAGAAUGAGACGACAGGUGAGGUUCUGCAGCCUACUGACACGGCGCAUCUGAAGGAAUAGAUGAUGGGGUGAGAGGAGAGGCCGCGCAAUAGAUGCUAUGAGAGUCACCAAGGCCAGGCUUAGUAAUCAUGGGCAUGUCAGGUGAUUGCCAAGCCAUUUUGAGUGAGUGGACAACUUGAAUGACAU